UUCUCCUCUGUUCCUGGUUGUGCCCUUCACUUCAGCUUCUCCCCUGCACUGUGCAGUUUCACACCAGGACCAUGCCUACAGAUCCAUUCACGGAGCUCUUGGAAGGGAGGAAGAUCUCUUGGAAGAAACUCCUCACCUUCCUCCUCUUCAGCUUCAUCUUCAGCUUCUGCCUCUUCGCUUCUCUUCGUCAGUUCAGGACUCCCGAGCCAGAGGAUUACAAUUCCUAUCUUUCCACAGAAAGAUUCCAAACUGGAAAUACCAGCACGCUGCCGAAGGGUGAGCGCAGGCUGACCAUCCUGCUGUGGACGUGGCCCUUCGGACACCGCUUUACUUUUAGCAACUGCUCGGAGCUCUUUGACACCCCGAACUGCCACUUCACCACCGACCGCAGCUGGUCCCAAAAGGCAGAUGCUGUGAUUAUGCAUCACAGGGAUGUGUAUAGGGACAGAGAGAGGCUGGCUCAGCUCCCCAGGCUCCCGUCCCAGCGCUGGAUCUGGUUCAACAUGGAGUCCCCAAGUCACUCUCCAAACUUAGGUGCCAUGAACCACCUCUUCAACCUGACUAUGUCGUACCGGAGAGACUCGGACAUCUUCACCCCCUAUGGGGAGCUGCAGCUGCUCAGCCAGCCCCAGCCCUUCAGCAUCCCACCCAAGACCAAGAUGGUGGCCUGGGUGGUCAGCAACUGGAGACCAAGCUCCCACCGGGUGAAGUACUACGAGGAGCUGAAGAAACACAUCCCCGUGGAUGUGUACGGACGGCAUCACUUGCCCCUGUCCAUGGACUUGCUCCAGCAAACUCUGUCCCAGUACAACUUCUACUUGGCCUUUGAGAACUCAGAGCACGAGGACUACAUCACUGAGAAGCUCUGGAAGAACGCCCUGUCCUCUGGCACCAUCCCUGUUGUUCUGGGGCCGCCUCGAGAAAACUACGAGCACUUCUUGCCCCCUGACUCCUUCAUCCACGUCGAUGACUUUGCCAGCGCCGGUGAACUGGCUCAGUACCUGCAGGAACUGAGCAACGACACCGAGAGGUACCAGCGCUACUUCCAGUGGCGCAAGUGGCUGAAACCUGUGCUGGGCAUUGGCUGGGCCAUGCAAGUCUGCAGAGCCUGUCACUUCCUGCAGAGGACAGAGGCCAGCUACCACGCUGUGCCCAACCUGUCCAAGUGGUUUGUAUAAAGCCUGUUUGCUCAGCUCUCUGCUGCGUUGUGAUCUUUUUGUCCUCGCUGGCUGGUUGCAGGUUUGAAGGCUGAUUGAAUGUGAUAGAGCCAGAAGGACGAGAGGAGCUUUGAAACAAGCAGUAAUGAAGAAGCGUUUUGGUGU